CUGGGUUAAUGUGGCUCCGUGGCGACGAGGCUAACAGACGGCGGCCGGCGCAGUGGGAAGGUGGAGGGUGCACAGGGAAGCGAGAGAGCGGCCGGAGGCUUCGGCACCUACCCAGCAACAGCAGGGAUGGUGCGGAAGGUCGGAGCUGAGGAAGAAGGUGUCAAGAUCACUUCCGAGCUGCUCAAGUCGAUCACUGGGGAGUUUGACCUGGAGUCGAUUUUGUUCUUAAAGCUGACGAAAAUCGACAUCUGCAAUCUUGGAUGCAUUGGAGAUUGUGUAAAUCUGGAGAAGUUGGACUUAUCAAGAAAUGACAUCUCAAACCUCAAGCCCUUGGCAUCACUCAAACUUCUAACUGUGCUCAACUUGUCAGCCAAUAGAAUCUCCAAUAUCGAUCCUCUGUAUUUCUGUGAAAAUUUGCAAAGCCUCAAUUUGGCAGGAAACCUAAUCAGCAGUGCUGAUGUCCUCCGUUCAAUAACUGAGCUGAAGAAACUAGAUACGAUUCGAUUGAAAGAUGCAGUUUGCGGUUUUAGUAAUCCAGUGUGUAUGAAUACAUCAUAUUCGAGCACAAUGUUGGACAUGUUCCCAAACAUAAAGGUAUUAGAUGGAGAGAGGGUGAUGGGUAAGGGCAGUGAUUUGUACCGAUUGUGUAAAGAUAUUGACAGCUCUUUGAAAGUAAUUGACAGCAAUGCUCCUCUUAAUGUACCACUUGGCCCUAAAAAAUGGGUUGAGGACAAUUACUGGGAACUUCAGCCAGUGCAGCAAACACAGACUGCUGAAGCUACAGAACAGCUUUAUGAACUUUUGAAUGAAUGCAGAAAGCUCCACAGUAAGGCUGCUGAUGUCAUUACAAAAACCAAAAGGACGUUAAGGAAAAUGAAUUAAGCAAACACCUAUGGCAAUAACAGCAGUUACUUCCAGAAACUUGAGCAAUACUGAAACAGAGGCCACAGAUUUAUACUGACACAUCACCUAAAUCAUUUCUUUAUAAUGAAGUCGUUACUGAAAGUAAAGGAAGGGCCUGAUCCUUCUACUACAGGUUGUUUUCUGUAUGCUUCUAUACAGGUGGAAUAUAUGCCACCCGAAGUUGUGAAAACAAAAUCCUUUAACCAGUAAAGAUGUAUAACGUGCUGAAUUGAACUGGGUUUUACCACCUCAAUUCCAGCAGACAGAUAUGCCUGCUGGUCCAUUUUUAUGCCUUCUAAACGAACUUGUGCACUGUUAAAUGUGCCUUCUUCAAAGCACUGACUACUGUAAUACACUAUACUUAUGUAAGCACAGUUUAUUAAUUCAACUGAAAUAAACUAUUUAUUCAUACAU